UUGGAAGACUUCAGGCAAACCAGUUCAGAAAAUUCAAAGUCGAGGGGAAGUGGAGGUGGGCUUCGCUUCGCGGCUAAGCAAACAGGACUGACUGUAAAGCUCGUGAGUUCUAAAAGAGUCCAUUUUUUUACGUGAGACGAUCAGUUUAUCAAGGGCCAUUGCCAGGGAGCCGGUCGCUUUGAUAGAAGCUACACUCCGUAGGCGGGAUCGGGUGUUUGUGUCAACAAGAUAUUGUACUCUAACUGGUUGAUGAAAUCCCCUGAGGACUUCCCGCAAAUAUUUCCCGUGCUUUGACUCGAUAAGCACUCACUCACUCACAUAGUCACAUUUGCCCUACUCUCCGUUAUCUUCUUGUGUUCUUUCAGCCAUGAGAAAAUUUACAGUUCAACAGUUGUUUGGGGAUUCUGGUUACUUGACAUGACUAGAUUAUGAUUCUUGGCUUGAAUAGUGGUUGCCACUCCUUUCCCCCUUAUUUUUGUGCUUUUAGGUUAUGAUACUGUCCAUUAAAUUGUUACAUUUUACAUUCAGGAUAUCUCUCAUGUAGAGCUCAAUUGAUUUAUGAAUGCCUGUGUGUAAGAAAUGGUGCUGGAAAUAUGUUUAGGGUUCAAUUUUGGACGCAACUUCUUUCUCGAGAAAUUCACUUAAGGCUUUUGUGCAAAUUAGCAUCUAAAAAUUCUAGCUUUGGGUAGUUAGAGAGGUUGUCGAUGUUUCUUUGUCUGCUCUUUUUCUCCUUACUGUGAGCAUCAGGAAAACUGUAAAGAUCAAACUGAAGCUUAUCAGCUGAAUGAGAUUCGCAUGGGAUAUAUUUGUGGGCAUAGAAUCUUAAAAUCUAAGAGAACAUUAGGUCAGAAAUAUAUUGUUGCUUCCUUUUGCUGGUUUGGCUUUGGAGACGUGUAUUUUUUUAAUAUCUGCGACUUAAAGGAGCAGAUGCUAAGGUUCAAAUGAUGUUGUGACUGAAUCCAUGUGUUUGAUUUUGAUGCUACUGGAAGUAAAUUCUAAUUAGGGAUAUGAACUCUUGCCCUUGAGGUAUGGAAUUGUAAUGUUGCAUCUUAAAAUUUCUGUCUGAAUAUUGACAGAUGGGGGAGCUUGUUGGCAAUAAACAUGUCGAGUACGUAUUAUCAGUUGAAAGGAGGAAAGAUGAUUUCCAUUCUGUGCUUAUGGAGCAUUUGAGAGUGAAUGGAGCGUAUUGGGGACUGGGCACACUGGAUCUUCUUGGAAAACUUGACACUGUGGAUACAGAAGACGUUGUUUCAUGGAUCAUGAAAUGCCAACACAAGUCUGGCGGCUUUGGUGGAAACAUUGGGCAUGAUCCGCAUCUGCUGUAUACACUCAGUGCUGUUCAAGUUUUGGCCCUUUUUGACAUGUUAGAUGUUCUUGAUAUCGAUAAGGUGACUAGUUAUGUCACAUCACUGCAAAAAGAAGAUGGAUCCUUUUCCGGGGAUAUAUGGGGAGAAGUUGAUUCUCGAUUCUCGUACAUUGCCAUAUGCUGUCUUUCAAUACUACGACGCUUGGAUUCGAUGGAUGUGGAGAAGGCUGUGAAGUACGUUGUGAGUUGCAAAACUAUGGAUGGCGGGUUUGGUUGCACUCCUGGUGGAGAAUCCCACGCAUCGCAAAUAUUUUGUUGUGUGGGUGCUCUGGCUAUCACGGGCUCACUCCAUCACAUUGACAAGGACAUUCUCGGCUGGUGGUUAUGUGAGCGCCAAGUCAAGUCCGGAGGGUUGAAUGGCCGCCCAGAGAAACUUCCUGAUGUCUGCUACUCCUGGUGGGUCCUGUCUAGCUUGGUUAUGAUUGACAGAGUUCACUGGAUUGACAAAGAAAAACUCAUCAAAUACAUAUUGGACUGUCAGGACACUGAAAAGGGUGGAAUAUCUGAUAGACCAGAUGAUGCCGUAGAUGUGUACCAUACGUAUUUUGGAGUGGCAGGUCUUUCGCUUCUUGAGUAUCCAGGAGUUAAAGCCAUAGAUCCAGCGUAUGCCUUGCCGGUCAAUGUAGUCAAUAGGAUUUUCUUCGGCAGAUGUUCAACCUGACAGUCUGGACUGCGAACUUAAAACUUUACAAUGUGAUGAUAUUUCAACUCCAUAAGGUUCUACUUUGUGGGACGUCAGGAUAAUAGCAGAUCUGCAGGUGGGAGAUGGCGAGAGAGAGCAGAGAAAGAUGCAAAUUUUGCUUAAAACGGCAAUUUGGAUUAAUUAUGAUGGUUCCUAGAUUUUUCUCAUUAAAGCAAACGUGAUUACUUAUAUGACGCCGCAUAGUUCGUGGAUUUCCUCUGGUAUUGGAGCUUGGGCAUGCUUCCUACUGUAGAAAGUAUUGUGUCUCUAGUAGUAGAAGAUUCAAGGCGUCUGAUUUUUGUAUGCUCGAGCCUAA